ACGCUGCUGUGCGAUCAGCGAGCCUCUCCGCCGCCACACACGCCGACACACACCGCGCCUCUCUCCUCUCUCCCACCCGCCCAGCCCGGAGCCGCUCGGACAUGGCUGGGCUCCGCUGAGAGAGACAGCACUCCGCACACGAAGGCGCUCCUCGACCCGCUCGGCCACCUCCAUCUCCCUGAAGCCCUUAUGCACCGCUGCGGCUGCGGCGCGGAGAAAGGACAGCAGCGCUGACACACUCGUCUGAGAGAGAAGAAAGAGGACGAGAGUGGUUUUAUUCCCCUCUUUUCAAACGGACAAUGGCGGACCGCGAUGCGCUGCCCCUUCCUCUGGAAGUGCGAGCCAGAUUAGCCGAACUGGAGCUGGAGUUGUCGGAAGGUGACAUCACACAGAAAGGCUAUGAGAAGAAGAGGGCAAAACUACUCGGAGCUUAUCUGCCACAGCCUCCAGGACUUGAAGCAUCCAUGGCACACGAGCGCAGACCGCCCAUGGGCCCCUCCUCCGCCUCCCGGUACCACCGCAGACGCUCUUCCGGCACCCGAGACGAGCGCUACAGAUCAGACGUGCACACAGAAGCGGUACAAGCGGCCCUAGCCAAACACAAGGAGAGGAAAGUGGCCGUCCCCAUGCCCUCAAAACGCCGCUCCCUGGUGGUCCAGACUUCUAUGGAUGCCUACACCCCUCCAGGCCUCUCCCCGCUUUCGUCCCUCCUGCCCCCCCUGACAGACACGUCGUCCGGCUCGGAGGAAGAGGGCGGCCAGGGCGAGGGGACACCUACGUCCAGCCAGGGCAGCGUAAGCAUGGACCACUGGAUCAGCCGCGCCAUCCACCAGGGCUCCACCACCUCCUCCUCGUCCUCCAGUACACAAAGCGGCGGCAGUGGGGCAGCGGGGCGCCUGGCAGACGUCCUCGCCCAGACACAUGUCAGCAAGCCAGGGCCGAUUGCUCACCUCUCGCUGAAGCGGAAAACUAUGCUCGGUGUAGCUGAGAACGGCAACUCGCUGCGUCGCUCCUGUGAGUUCGGAUCUGACCUCCUCUGGCCACCUCCCUUGGAGUCGGAUGAGAACCACUCAGCCCCUCCAGACGUCACCACCUACACUUCGGAGCACCCGGCCCAGGUGGAACGGCCGCAAGUGUCCACUGUGCCACGAACUACUCCCAAAUAUGGCAAUGCCGAGCUCAUGGAGACCGGAGACGGAGUUCCCGUCAGCAGUCGAGUCUCUGCUAAGAUCCAGCAGCUGGUUAACACGCUGAAGCAGCCCAGACGACCUCCGCUUCGGGAAUUUUUCGUCGACGACUUCGAGGAGCUUCUCGAGGUCCAGCAGCCUGACCCAAACCAGCCACGGCCGGAGGGGGCCCAGAUGCUGACCAUGAGGGGAGAGCAGCUGGGAGUAGUGACCAACUGGCCUCCGUCCCUGGAGGCGGCGCUGCAGCGCUGGGGAACCAUUUCUCCCAAAGCCCCCUGCCUGACCACCAUGGACACCAACGGCAAGCCCCUCUACGUCCUCACUUAUGGGAAGCUGUGGUCGCGGAGCAUCAAAGUGGCCUACAACAUCCUUCACAAACUGGGAACCAAGCAGGAGCCCAUGGUCAGGCCAGGAGACCGGGUGGCGCUCGUGUUCCCCAACAACGACCCCGCCGCCUUCAUGGUGGCCUUCUAUGGCUGCCUACUGGCUGAGGUUGUGCCUGUGCCCAUCGAGGUGCCACUCACUAGGAAGGACGCGGGCAGCCAGCAGAUUGGCUUUCUCCUGGGCAGCUGUGGUGUGACAGUGGCUUUGACCAGCGAUGCGUGCCACAAGGGGCUGCCCAAAGGACCCACCGGGGAAAUACCCCAGUUCAAAGGGUGGCCCAAGCUGCUGUGGUUCGUCACAGAAUCCAAACACCUCUCCAAGCCACCUCGUGAUUGGUUCCCUCAUAUCAAAGACGCAAACAACGACACCGCCUACAUAGAGUAUAAAACCUGUAAGGAUGGAAGUGUCUUGGGCGUGACGGUGAUGAGGAUUGCUCUGCUCACACACUGCCAGGCCCUCACACAGUCCUGCGGCUACACUGAGGCUGAGACCAUAGUGAAUGUAUUAGACUUUAAGAAGGACGUUGGCCUGUGGCAUGGCAUUCUUACAAGCGUGAUGAACAUGAUGCACGUGAUCAGCAUUCCCUACUCCCUGAUGAAGGUCAACCCGCUCUCGUGGAUCCAGAAAGUGUGCCAGUACAAAGCUAAAGUGGCGUGUGUGAAGAGCAGGGACAUGCACUGGGCUCUGGUGGCCCACAGGGACCAGAGAGACAUCAACCUGAGCUCACUGCGCAUGCUGGUGGUGGCUGAUGGAUCCAACCCAUGGUCUAUCUCAUCAUGCGAUGCGUUCCUAAACGUCUUCCAGAGUAAGGGGCUGAGGCCGGAGGUCAUUUGUCCGUGUGCCAGCUCUCCUGAGGCCCUCACUGUGGCCAUCAGGAGGCCUACUGAUGAUAGCAACCAGCCACCGGGUCGAGGGGUCCUGUCCAUGCAGGGUUUGAGCCACGGGGUCAUCAGAGUGGACACAGAGGAGCGCCUUUCCGUCCUCACGGUGCAGGAUGUGGGCACGGUCAUGCCUGGAGCUUUGAUGUGUGUGGUGAAACCGGAGGGAGUUCCGCAGCUGUGCAGAACCGAUGAGAUCGGAGAGCUGUGUGUGUGUUCAGUCGCCACGGGAACAUCGUACUACGGGCUCUCAGGCAUGACGAAGAACACCUUUGAGGUUUUCCCUAUGAAUAGCUCUGGGGCUCCUGUCAGUGAGUACCCCUUCACCAGGACAGGUCUGCUAGGCUUUGUGGGGCCAGGCGGCCUGGUCUUCAUCGCAGGAAAGAUGGAUGGCCUCAUGGUGGUCAGCGGGAGGAGGCACAAUGCAGACGACAUUGUCGCCACAGCACUGGCUGUGGAGCCCAUGAAGUUUGUGUAUCGGGGCAGGAUAGCUGUGUUCUCCGUGACGGUGCUGCACGACGAGCGCAUAGUGGUGGUGGCUGAGCAGAGGCCUGACUCCACAGAGGAGGACAGCUUCCAGUGGAUGAGCCGAGUGCUGCAGGCCAUAGAUAGCAUCCAUAACGUCGGAGUGUUCUGUCUGGCCUUGGUCCCUGCUAACACCCUUCCCAAGACGCCCCUGGGCGGGAUCCACCUGUCGGAGACCAAACAGCUGUUCCUGGAGGGCUCCCUGCACCCCUGCAAUGUGCUCAUGUGCCCCCACACCUGCGUCACCAACCUGCCCAAACCCAGGCAGAAACAGCCAGAGAUCGGACCUGCUUCAGUGAUGGUGGGAAACCUGGUGUCGGGGAAGAGAAUCGCACAGGCCAGCGGCAGAGACCUGGGCCAGAUUGAAGAUAAUGAUCAGGCAAGAAAGUUCCUCUUCUUGUCCGAGGUGUUGCAGUGGCGGGCGCAGACCACUCCAGACCAUGUGCUCUUUACCCUGCUUAGCUCACGGGGAGCGGUCUUGAGCUCGCUGACGUGUCUGCAGCUGCAUAAGCGAGCCGAGAAGAUAGCCGCCAUGCUGAUGGAGCGAGGACACCUGCAGGAUGGAGAUCACGUGGCUCUGGUCUACCCGCCAGGUAUAGACUUGAUAGCAGCCUUUUAUGGGUGCCUGUACGCUGGCUGUGUGCCCAUCACCGUGCGCCCGCCACACCCCCAGAACAUUGCCACCACGUUGCCCACUGUGAAGAUGAUUGUGGAGGUGAGCCGGUCGGCCUGCGUGAUGACCACACAGGUCAUAAGCAAGCUGCUGAAGUCCAAGGAAGCGUCUGCUGCAGUGGACGUCAGGACGUGGCCUCCUGUUCUAGACACCGAUGAUCUGCCAAAGAAGAAGCCCCCUCAACUGUACAAGCCCUCCAACCCCGAUACGCUGGCCUACCUUGACUUCAGCGUGUCCACCACAGGGAUGCUUGCAGGAGUAAAGAUGUCUCACUCCGCCACCAGUGCCUUCUGCCGCUCAAUCAAGCUCCAGUGUGAGCUGUACCCCUCUCGCGAGGUGGCCAUCUGCCUGGACCCAUACUGCGGCCUGGGCUUCGUCCUCUGGUGCCUCUGCAGUGUGUACUCAGGGCACCAGUCCAUCCUGAUCCCGCCGUCGGAGCUGGAAGUGAACCCGGCGCUCUGGCUGCUGGCUGUCAGUCAGUUCCGUGUCAGGGACACCUUCUGUUCAUACUCAGUCAUGGAGCUGUGCACCAAGGGCCUGGGCCUGCAGACCGAAUCACUCAAGUCUCGUGGUUUGGACCUAUCCCGUGUCAGGACGUGUGUGGUGGUGGCGGAGGAGAGGCCCCGGAUAGCGCUCACUCAGUCUUUCUCCAAACUCUUCAAAGACUUGGGCCUGCACCCGCGGGCCGUCAGCACAUCUUUUGGCUGCAGAGUCAACCUGGCCAUCUGCCUGCAGCCUCACAGGCUUGGGAAGCUUGAUCAGGGCACCUCUGGACCAGACCCAACUACUGUGUACGUGGACAUGAGGGCCCUCAGACAUGACAGAGUGCGGCUGGUUGAGCGAGGCUCUCCUCAUAGCCUGCCUCUCAUGGAGUCUGGAAAGAUUUUACCUGGAGUACGAAUCAUCAUUGCUAAUCCGGAGACCAAGGGCCCUUUGGGAGAUUCUCAUCUCGGCGAGAUCUGGGUGCACAGCGGUCAUAACGGCAGCGGCUACUUCACCGUGUAUGGAGACGAGGCUCUGCAGUCUGACCACUUUAACUCCCGCCUGAGCUUCGGAGACACACAGACCGUGUGGGCGCGCACAGGCUACCUGGGAUUCCUGCGGCGCACAGAGCUGACCGACGCCAGCGGAGAGAGGCAUGAUGCGCUGUACGUGGUGGGCGCUCUGGAUGAGGCCAUGGAGCUGAGGGGGAUGAGGUACCACCCCAUCGACAUCGAAACCUCCGUCAUCCGCGCACACAAGAGCAUCAUGGAGUGUGCGGUGUUUCCCUGGACCAACCUGCUGGUGGUGGUAGUGGAGCUGGAGGGUUCGGAGCAGGAGGCGCUGGACCUGGUGCCGUUGGUGACAAACGCAGUGCUGGAGGAGCAUUACCUGAUCGUGGGCGUGGUGGUAGUGGUGGACGUCGGCGUGAUCCCCAUUAACUCCCGCGGAGAGAAGCAGAGGAUGCACCUGCGCGACGGCUUCCUCGCGGACCAGCUGGACCCCAUCUACGUGGCCUAUAAUAUGUAGCCCCAGUGUAUGUGUGUAUGUUUGAAGAUCACGAAUGACUGGUGGGGUCAUCUUCAUGAAAAGAGAAAAAUACUGACUGUGAUGGACCGUCAUGGAGAAAAUGUAAAAUGUGAGCGCUCUGACCGACAGAGACGGAAGGAAGAAUCCAUUCAUCUUGGAAGAAAGGAAGCAACCGUCCUUCUCCAGGAUGGACGAAGAGCCCCUGCUUUUGCUCGUUUGGAUAUCGCUUUUUACAAGUGUCGCUCUGUUUUCAUGUACGGUAUCGCAGCGUUGCUCAUUUUCAGUCAGCCCUACAUGAGCGAAGGACUUUUAAAUAUCUACAUACUGUGGCAAACUGUGUAUUUUACGUUUACUGUAGAUUUGGAGUAACUUGUUCAAAAUUCUACAUACAUAAACGAUGCAGGACACUUUUUUUUUUUUUUUUUUUAAAAGAGGUACAAAACCAAUACAGUUCUAUGUAUAAUUGCAACCGUCCUCCAGCAAUUUGCCCAUUUUCAUUUUAUGACCUUUGUAAAUGUCCCCAUAGCAGGAUGCAAAAAAAAAAAAAAAAAAAAAAAAAAAAAUCCCUGCUUUUUCAAUUACAUGUUUAAUAUCAUUGUACAAAGAUGAAGGUAAACACAAGUCAAGUUGUGUAAUUAUGUACAGAAAAUAGUUAUUAUUUAUUUUGUUCUUUUUAGAAGUGUGUGAGAGAAGACAUUUGGAAAUGUUUUCCUCAUUAAAUAAUAUUGCUAAUAUAAAACAAAGCAUUGUAUCAUCUUGAGUGAGUAGUAUCACAUCAAGUAUAUGUAAAAAAUAUAAAUAUACAAAUUAUAUAUAUAAAUAAAUAAAUAUAAAUAUAUAUAAAUAUUAAAAUAAGAUCUAGGAGUCACCAAUGAAGUUUCCGAUGCAGUACUUGCCACUUGCAUGGUGUCUGUAGACAGAAGUUUGACGAACGUUUAACGCGCACACGAGCGAAGCCGAGAAUAACGUCACUGCGAACAGAGAAAGAGGAGAAAAAAAAACCCCAUCUUUUUUUUAAUCAGAUGGAUGCAUCGUGUAAUGCCCUUACGAAAAGAAUUCUUACCAUGUGCCUGGAGCUCUGUUUACACACAGUGUCACACCUUUGGCUGAACUGCUGCACUUCUUACGUUACUCACGUUUUUUUGUUUUUUUCUUUGCUUGUUUGCUUUUUGAGUUCUUCCUUUUUUUGUUUUUGUAUCCUAAACUUUUCUGCGAGUAACUUAUUAGCAGGUUUGUACAGAUGCGCAUUUAGGCUGACCGGUCACAUUGAAGCCAUCCCAGUCUGUGCUUUUUCCAUAAAAGACACAACCGGAAAAACAUCUGCUGCAGCUGCCCGCAACCCAUUUUUACAUUAUGUGCAAGUUAAUGCAAUCUUACCUGCUUUGCUGCUUUCCUGCUUUAGUCAUUUUAGAGUCUUCAUCCUACCUGGCACACCUUCGAGCCAAGGAACUGCAGGUAUAUGCAAUAUACAAAUCUGACAGGUGAAAAAUACAGCAGCUAAUUAAGAGACGGACAAAGGAAAGCAUAUGAAUUGUCACUUGUACAUUACAUUAGGACAUGAUUUGGCUCACGAGUGCUUGUUCUAUUCUAAUUCCAGAAAACUAGCGGUCAUCCGAGAUCAGCAAAACGUUGCCCUUUCCUGCCUUAUCGCUGCGUAUGGUUUGGGUUGCGACGUCUAGCGCGAGUAGCUAAUCCUCGAGGUGCAGAGGUGGGGGUCUUGUAGUGCUGUCCGGCCGUCCCCCGUACAAUUAUCUUUAUUUUUUUGUUUGUGGUUUUUUUUUCAUAAGUGUAAUUAAAGUUGUACUGUGUAUGGGAACCAAGUUUACACUUCUUCAUAGAGUGACAAUGCAAUUAUUUUUUCUUUUUAAAAAGAAGGAAAAGUCUUAACGUACGUAUUCGGAAGCAUUAGUGUUGUCAUUCCCAUACAAAAAUGGAAAAAAAAAAAAUGUUUUCCCCAUUUGGAAAAAGAGAAAAAAAAAAAUGUGCACAUAACUUUCAACCUGUGACGUUCCUUCCCUUUUUUGUUGGAAAUCUUAGACUUACUACGUGAGAGAGUCUGCAUGGUGUGUGUAAAUAUUGUUGGUUACAGAAAAAAAGACAAAAAAAAUUAUUUUGUAUGGUGCAGGUGUGUUUGAAAUUCUGUUUUGUACACAUAAUUAAAAGUAUUAAAUAACA